UAACUUCGUGAAGAAAUUGACAAAAUAGAACAUGUUCUAUUUUUCUCAUUUAUUGGACGUGAAUUCAGUAUCACCAACCUACGUAGAUUUGGCGCGAAGUAGGGAUAAUAAUUAAUUUGGUUUUGAUUAUUGAAUCAAAUUGAACUUUUGCAUUUUUAAGUCAUGUGUCAAGUAAUAGUUAUGGAAAAGAGAGUCCACAAUAUAACCUACUUGGAUGCAAACUUUAACUAUAACUGGGAUAUAAAUAAAGAAAUAAGAAUACGCAUUGAAAAAGCCAAAGCCGCCUUCUAUAAAUUAAAGAAAAUUCUAAUUAAUAGAGAUAUUACGUUAGACCUUAAAAUCAGAUUAAUACGCUGCGACAUAUUCUCCACAUUGCUGUAUGGUAUGGAGAGCUGGACCCUUACAGAGACAUUAAUGAAAAAAUUAAAGGCCUUUGAGAUGUGGAUUUAUCGACGAGUACUGCGGAUAAGUUGGGUUGAUCGAAUAAGAAAUGAAAUAGUUUUACAUCGAAUGAAAAAGACCACAGAAAUAACAAAAACGAUAAAAAUUUGA